AUUACGCAGACUCCUAUCUCAACUUCCUGAUCUUUCAUUCCUCUCGGUGAACUAGCACAGACAGAUGUCUCCUUCUUGAGCCUGAUGUCUCCAACUUGAUCCAGAUGUGUACUACUUGAGACAGAUGUCUCCUUCUUGAGCCUGAUGUCUCCAACUUGAUCCAGAUGUGUACUACUUGAGACAGAUGUCUCCUACUUGAGCCAGAUGUGUCUGUUUGAAGACGUAGGCAUGUAUCAGACCAAAGACUGCAUACCGGGGUGCGUUAGUGGUCAAGAUUUGUGAAAAGUGAGCCGGCUAUCAUGGAUGAUCAGGAUAAAUAAAGUAAAUCUACAUUUGAGAAGGAGGAACCAAAGCUGUCAUGGCAGAUCGAGGCAAAAUUAAGAGUCAGAAGGAUGGUCUGCCACGUGACAUCAAGGAUUGGAGUAAAGAUCAAGUGAGAGAAUGGGCUCUUAAUUUGGAUCAAGUUCCUGACAAUGUGGCAGAGAUUCUGUUCCAGCAGGAUGUUGAUGGGCCAAGUCUUUUGCUUUUAGAUACAGAAGAUUUACAAAAAAAUCGUGUGACUCUUGGACCAGCAAAACUUCUCAUUAAAGCCAGAGAUGAGGAGGUGAAGUUAAUCAAAAUUAACUCAAAAGGUCUACCUCGAGGACCAUGCAAGCCCUACCCAUUCUGUAGGUACAAUGAUUCAUAUAGAUACAUGGAGAGCGACAUUCUUGAUAUUACAGAAUCAGGCGCAUCAGACUUAAUUGAACCCUGCCACGAGUAUAAAGCUUUUAACGGUACAACAGAUGAAGCUACGAUGACCAGGUUAAUUGAAGAGGUUGCCCGCUUUGCAGCUGCCUGCAUGAACAGCCGCACCAAUGGCACCAUUCAUUUUGGAAUAGGAGACGAGCCAAACUUCACACACGGUCAAGUGUUGGGAGUGGUUGUUACGGACAAAGAGGCUUAUGCAAAGAAAAUCAACACUGUCAUUGAUUAUUUUGAGCAUAAACACAAAAAGACUGCUCAAAGUUGCAUCAAACCGCCAAGAUUUGUUGGUGUUCUCAAUAGGAAUGAGACAUCAUCUGAAAAAUGCGUUAUAGAAGUGGACAUAGUCCCUGACUCUACAAUGUGUGAAGAAAACAUCUACCACACCUUCAAUGUGGACUCAAAAAAGAAGAAAAAAGCUAAAGCUAAAGAAACACCUGAAACAAGACAAUCAAAACAAUUCUUUGUUCGAGAAGGCGGUAGCAGCAGGGAUCUCCUCCUCCUCACCACAUUGGCCAGAGAAAUGGAGGAGUACAACCAUUUUGUUGCUGGGAAGGCACAGCGAGCACAGCUAAGAAAAGAAGCUGAGGAGAAGCACCUUAAUGUGAUAAAAUGCAGUACUCAGGGCAAUCGAUUGAGACAGAUGAUAACUGGUGGAUCCUUAUCUUUAGAUAAGUCACACUUUGAGUGGUAUAUAAUUGUAACCAACAAAUCACAUCAAAUCCACUUUGAAUCUCUAGAAUUUCUGGUUGAGCUCAAUCCAAUAGCUGUUUUGGACUUUGAUCCAGAAUCAGCUAAAGAUGGGUUACAAUUCCACUUUAAAAAACUAAGAACAGUAAAUGACCAUCUACCAGCACAGUUUAAAGUAACAGAAGGAGUUGAGGACAUUGCAAAACAGUUGAAAUUAACUCGAAUCACCAGCUGGGUAUUCUCCAAUGGAGGGAUCGAGAAGGAGGAACCCUCAGACAUUGACGAGUGGUUGAUGGACAAAGGGUCCUCCGUUCGAGAUGUGAUUUCAUUCUUGUGUCGGAAAGAAGAUCCCAACAAGAGAUUCCUGGUCAUUUUCUUACUUUGGUCAACAGUGAGUGAGAAGAUGGACCCUCUUGUUGAGACUUUCAGUAUGUUCUACCAGGAGCUCAAAGGGACCGAGCAGAUCCUUUGCAUAUGUGACAAUAAAAAUGCCUUUACCUCCUGGAAGAACCUAGUUGAUGCUCGGUGCGGAACCAAUAUUGCUCAUAGAUGCAUUCAUGAGCUCAGUUUCCCUGAAGUGAACGGCACUGUCCUUAGUCUUUUGUCCAAAAAUCGUAGGUCCAGCCGUUUCCUACCAUGUGGUGGGGGAAGUAAUGUACUUCUUGAGAAGAAAGUGGAGCGUGAUCUGAAUACCUUAGAGGUAUUAUGUGUGAACCAAUGUGAAGGAGGAAACGAGGACAAAAUUGUCAUAGAGGAGAACUUCUACAAAGGAGAACAAGUGUCAUGGUGGAAUUUUUACUUUUCAGAGCAGCCUGGAUCCAUUCCAUUCAUCAAACGAGACAUGUUUGACUUCAUCAUGAACACAGUCAUACCUGAUUUGUGCUCCCUGGGAAAAGCCUGCGUCUUGUUCAACCUCAUGCAUGUGCCCGGAUGUGGUGGGACAACUUUGGCCAUGCAUACUUUAUGGGCUCUCCGGGACAGAUUCCGUUGUGCUGUCCUCAGAGACAGAAACGCAGACUUUGCUGAAGUUGCGGAUCAAGUGGUCAAAUUGUUGAUGUAUGUCCAUAAGGAGCAAUUACCGCAGGUCCCUGUUUUGCUGAUGAUUGAUGACUUUGAUGACAAAGAAAAAGUAUUUGACUUGCAGCGGGCCAUUGAUGAAGAAUGUGCAAAGAAAAAUAUUCAGUCCAAGUCUGCACAAGUAAUUCUUCUGAAUUGUAUGAUGUCAGAGUCCUCUGAACACACUGAACACACUGAACACACUGCAGAGUCAGUAUUCAUUGGAAACAAUCUCUCUGAGAAGGAGCAGAAGCUGUUUGAGGAGAAACUGGUGGCAAUAGAGAAAGAAUACAAGAAUGCAGACACGUUCUAUGGCUUCAUGAUCAUGAAGAAGAACUUUAAGCCAGAGUAUGUUCAGGGUGUGGCCCGCAACACCCUGAAGAGCUUCAACAUGAAGGAAAAACAUGCACAGCUCUUGGCUGUUUUAGUUCUGUUGAAUGUAUACUGCAAGGGAUCCUCUCUCUCCAUCUCUCUCUGUGAGGAAUUUCUUGGUGUUCAACCAAAACCAAUCUUUGGAACCAUUAAAGUCCAAGAGAGAUUUGGGAAAUUUUCCACAUUAAUUGCCACCUGCUCAGUUGAGGGUAAGCUAGUUUUCAAAGCUGUGGAAAUGAUCCAUUCAAGCAUUGCAAGGCACUGUUUGCAGGAACUAACAACAACAUACAAUGUGAGCAAAGCUGAGAUUACUGACCUCCUGCUGACCACAGACAAGCUUUAUGAGAGCACACAAGGAAAAGACAAACUCCUGAAAGACGUUCGUCAAAUUUUGGUGAAGAGACAUUAUUCCGUGGAAGAAUGUCAGUUUUCUCCUCUAAUUCAAGACAUUGCAAAUGAAAGCCCCGGAUUGGAGGAGAUGGUGCUACAAAACGCAUAUAAACGAUUUAAGAAAGAUGCAGGUGUCUCCCAGUUACUAGCCAGGUACUAUUACCUGAAAAUAAAGGAUUUCUCUGAGGCAGAAGUUUGGGCAUCGAGAGCAAGAGAUCUGUCCAAAGACAGCUCAUAUUUUGCUGACACCUCCGCGCAGGUUGUUAAGCACAGGCUGAAGAAUACCAUUGCAGACUGCAAGAAAGGACUUAUAAGUCCUGAAAAACUAGGGACUUUCCUCAAACUGGCUCAGUCAGCAACGGAUGCCUUCAAGGAAACACACAACCUUGCCAAGAAAGAGUUGAGUCACUCUUUUAAUACAGCAGGGUGCCUGGGAGAAAUUCAGGUCGGGGCACUUGUCAUUGAAGUGCUGGAAAAGACUCCUGUCUUUGCCUCUGACAAUGUGCGCCAUGACAUAAUGAGUGGGGUUCUCUCUGGAAAUGUGCAACUUCAGGAUGUCGAGAAAAAUGAUAAAAGGCAGAACAAACACGCACAACACUACGAAAUCCUCAAACAGUUUAAGGAUUUCCUCUACAGCCUGAGAAAUAGGAUGAAGGAGAACUUUGACUUUCUUGACAACUUUUCUGUGAACUUGGGCUCCAGAUCUGGAAUGAAAGAUAGUCGUGAGCAAGUAGCCCAAAGAGAGCUUUUCAGAUGCUUCCGACAGUAUACAGAGCUUUUCUGCAAGACGGAUUCGGCAGGUCUUUUGAGAAAUAAAGCCAUGUCUUUCAUGCUGAAACUACACCAGGAAAGACAAUACUUGGAGAUGAACAAAGCUGAUACCUUCUCUGGAAUUCUGAAUUGUCUCUCAAAUGGCAUCUUAUAUGACAGUAUGGAGAAGAUUGCCAAACUGUCAGCUUCGGUCUGUAAAUCUGGUCAGUCGACUGUGAAGGAGAGAAUCAACUUCAUCUACGUCAAUGUUGUCUUGAGUUGUAUCAAACCGGCAUCAAAACAUAUUUUGCCGUACAAGCAACUAAUUGAUCUCCUUUGCCAAGUUCUGCAGGAGCAAAUCCCAUUAAGAGAGAACUUACCACUGCACUUCAUUGCAGUUGUGCUGUUUUGGCCACAGCAGCAAGAGGUGUCUCCGUAUCACAAUCUGCAGAGGUACAUCUCACAGAUCAGAGUCUCUUAUCGCAUGGUGAUGAAGGAAGUGUUCAAUGGCAAAAGACCCAUUAUCCAUUUCAUGCUGGGGAGGAAGCAGGGCUACCAACGACUGGUACACUUAGGGGAGAUCAGAAGGUCCGUCAGGGCCGGGGAAGAAGAUUUCACAUUAAUGUGGGAAAAUGGAAAAAUAUGGCAAGAGAAGGAGGUAAAGGAGCACCUCUGCAGGUUAACUGGCCAAGUGAAGGACAAGCGGAUUCUGGCAGAUACUUGUAUCUCAGGUCUGAAGUUGGAAAUCACCCCAAUGUUUCAAAGUCAGCUUAGUGGGCAUGCCCAGGAGACCAAAGUGUCAUUCUUUAUCGGUUUCUCGAUGAAAGGCCCUGUUGCACUCGACAUUAAGUAAACUUGAAAAGCAGCAUCUUCCAACAUGCUGUAUCUUUCAGCUACUAAUUCUGGACCCAUCGGUGUUGCUUAAUUUAUGAAUCUAACACAAUAUUAUGUUUUUGUGUGCAUGUGGCUCUGCUUAUUAGUUUCAAUCUUGUUUUGUAAGGGACACAUUUGUUAAGUAAUGCGUUAAAAGCUAACAUCUUAAAUAUCGGGUAUUUGUAUUGUAACACUUUACUGUAUGUUGAUUCAUUGUAAAUAGGAUUUAUUUUAUAAAAGGUGCACCAUUUGCUAUGAGUCGACGGAACAGAAAUGCUCUGUCUCUUAAACAGAAACCAUGGAUUUGUCUUCUUUUCACAUUUAUAUUAACUACUCUUCUUUAUUCACUGAAUACAGCAACUUAAUAUUCAAUGAAACAUCAACAUGGGUAUUGGCCCACACUCCGGCCAUUUUCAGCCAAUCUGAUAUGGAGGGCAAUUAUAAAGCCUCGUCUCUUUGUGCUCUCGGCCCUCUGACUUUUGUCCAUUGAGUUUUGUGGUGGGGGAAGUGGUGGUACUGAGGUAAGACUGGGGUACCUCGUACACGCAUACACACAGAAACGGUUGUUAUUUCACUAGGUUAUGGGUUGUUGCCACCAAUGUAUUUCUGUUAUUUUUGGACAUGUUUGUAGAAGAGAGUCAGGCCUUUUGUUUUCAUUUUUCUUUCCACACAGAGUUGAGCUAGGCCUGGUUUUAUUGUACUUUGCUAAUUUUGUUUGGCACAACCCCCACAGUUAACUCUCCCCCCCACCUUUUCUAUUAUGUUCCUUUUGGUAUUAUAAAUAAAUCUACUUUCUUUAACUGCCUUACACGGCCCCUGUUUUAUUUCUUCAUUGGGUGUCAGCGUUAUUGUUUCCCUCUUAACUGAAGAAAACGUAUAGACUACAGGUAAAACGUGUUUUACCUGUAGUCUAUACGUUUGUUGAUAUCAAAUUAUUGAUAAUUUACUUAAAAGAAAACUUUGCAAAAACGUUCUAAUUACAGAGAAAUUACUUAAAAACAACGUAAUUAAUUCAUCUUUUUUCUAUACAAUACUGAAAUGUAAUUUUUGUGUGUGGAUUGUGUGUUUUAAUCAUAAACUAAUGAUUGAUGUACAGCAAUUAUUUGGCAUACCGUAAAAAAGAGUGACAUUGAUUUUUGCUUUACCUUUUCAAUAAAGAUAAACUGCAACAUGA